CUUCAUCCUAGGUAGUUAACCAUUCGAACAGCUGCGUUCCAGUUUCUCCGUCUCUCACUCUCUCUCUCUCUCCGACUGCGUUCACUUCCUUAAUUUCAGCCCUCCCUCUCGCGCUCUCUCCUCCUCUACAUCCUCAAUCUCUCAGCAGCAGCAGUUUGUGUCCUGUGAGAACUGGGGCGAACAUCCAUGGGGCGCGCGCAGCAUCUUUAUUUCCCCACGUUACAAUUUGAGGUCAUAUAGGUGGAAUAUUCACGUCAACGCAGCAAACACACUUGAGUCGUUCGGCGUUUAAUCUUUCGGCUUAAAACGCUCAGUCGCACCAUAUCUGCUUGUAUUUGUGACAUUUGUAGCUGUGUUGAACUGUGGUGAUGGAUGGGGACGCGUGCGUUCGCGUGUGGACUCGACCGCUGCAAGUGAUGCUCCAGCAGAAGAAGAUCAAAGCGCGGAGGAAAAGGCGCAAGGAGUUGUUCGGGGGACAGAUGUGCUUCUUGGGGCUGCUGCUGUUGGCGGUGUCAUGCUUGUCCAGUUUGGCCGAGAAUUCCGGUUAUGGCAUCUCCAGUCUCUCAGCUGAAGAUAGUGAGAGGUGGGAGAGUCGCAGGCUGCUGCAGGAAUUUGACAUUGACAGCAACUAUACUGAUGAGGUGCAGGUUGGGCCCAAUGCUGAAAAGAACUGCACACCGCCUGGUAUACAUGAGUUUCCUGAUGAUAUCUUUACCAACCAGGAGCGAAUGGAGGGGGCCGUAGCCUUGCAUGUUCUGUGUGCCAUGUAUAUGUUUUACGCACUGGCACUGGUGUGUGAUGACUACUUUGUGCCCUCUCUAGAGAAGAUCUGUGAGCGCCUCCAUCUCAGUGAAGAUGUAGCAGGAGCCACGUUCAUGGCAGCAGGAAGUUCAGCUCCUGAACUCUUCACCUCAGUCAUAGGUGUAUUUAUCACCAAAGGAGAUGUGGGAGUGGGCACAAUCGUGGGUUCUGCUGUCUUCAAUAUCCUCUGCAUCAUCGGAGUGUGUGGGAUCUUUACUGCACAGGCAGUUCGGCUCUCGUGUUGGACGUUAAUGAGAGACUCUGUGUACUACACUAUCUCAGUGACCGCUCUGAUCGUGUUCAUCUAUGAUGAGAAGGUGACAUGGUGGGAAUCGCUCACCCUAACAUUGCUGUACAUUGUUUACAUUAUACUAAUGAAAUUUAACUCGCGGGUGGUUCAUUACAUCGAGCGGCGGAAAAAGAAUUCGACAAAUCUGGGUAACGGCACAGCCAGUAACACAGACAUCGACGAUGGGUGCGAUGCCACUGUCGUGCUGCUUAAGAAAGCCAAUUUCCACAGGAAGCCAUCAGUGAUGAUGGUGGACGAACUCUUGUCUGCAUACCCUCACCAGCUGUCCUUCUCUGAGGCCGGAAUGAGAAUCAUGAUCACCAGUCACUUCUCCCCUCGCACACGCCUCACAAUGGCCUCCAGAAUGCUUAUUACAGAGAGGCAGCGUCUGAUAAACAGUCGUUUCAGUAACGGGGACUCAGAGGUGACCGUAAAGAUCCCAGGAAAGCGGGGGGUGGAGAAUGGGCUGGCAGGACCGGACCGAGGCCUGAACGGGCGAAAGGGGGGUCACCAUGAUGAUGACAGGGGAGGAGCUGAAGCCGGCACUGACACUGAAAACGAAAACGAGGACAAUGAAAACAAUGAGAACGAUGAGGAAGAGGAAGAGGGGGAAGAUGACAACGAAGGACCCUAUGUACCAUUCCGCUGCCCCGGUGGAGGCUUUAAUAAGCUAAAGUGGCUGCUGGCCUGGCCACUGAGUCUGCUGCUGUUCCUCACCGUGCCCAACUGUGCCACGCCUCGCUGGGAGCGCUGGUAUAUGGUCUCGUUCGUCAUCUCCACCCUCUGGAUUGCUUUCUUCUCUUACAUCAUGGUUUGGAUGGUCACAGUGAUCGGUUACACAAUGGGUGUCCCUGAUGUCAUCAUGGGCAUCACUUUCUUGGCUGCUGGCACCAGCGUUCCUGACUGUUUGGCCAGUUUAAUUGUUGCACGGCAAGGAAUGGGUGACAUGGCGGUUUCUAACUCUAUUGGUAGUAAUGUGUUUGAUAUUCUGAUUGGGCUUGGUCUGCCCUGGACCCUCCAGACUUUGGCCAUCGACUAUGGCUCCACAAUUCACCUGAACAGUAAAGGCCUGAUUUUCUCAGUUGGGCUGCUGCUGGCAUCUGUGUUUCUCACGGUCCUCGGUGUACAUUUGAACAAGUGGAAGCUGGACAAGCGUUUGGGUUUCGUUUGUUUGCUGAUGUACGCUGUCUUCCUGUGUUUCUCCAUCCUCAUCGAGUUCAACAUAUUCACCUUCGUCAAUCUGCCCACCUGCCGGGAGGAAUGAGAUGGUUCCUUUUCUUGGCCCUCCCUCCUUGACCUUGUGAGGACAAUGGCACAAGUCCUCGAUCAGAGGCAGACCGGCUCUCAUUCUGAUGGGAUAUUUAUUUACUGAUCUAGCUGAUCCUCUAUCGAUUCUCUCUUUUUCUUUCCAAUGGGUGCAAUAUUGACGGAGUCUCCGGGUCUGUGGUGUUACAAGAGGAGAGAGAGGAUGUGUGUGAAGAAUGCUCCUGUUGACUGAUAUAUACACUGUUCUAAUGGGACAGGAACAUGGGAAAAGAUGACUACUGCCUGGUUUGAUGUGAAUACUUUUUUUAUGUAUUUUGCAUAUUACAUAUUUAAAGAAUAUGAUGUUAAUGUAUUUUAUGAUGGCAUUUGUUUUGUAAGCUGCUAAUUGUCUGAAAAAGAGGCUGGACUUAUAGAUUUAUGCGGAUUCAUUAUUUUGCUGAAAGGUACUGGUGACCUCUAGGAAAUACUUGUGAACAGUCCUCUUUUUAAUUUGGGCAUUACCAAGUCACCUUCACAUCAUAAGAUUGAUCCGGACAUCAGGGUCAUUAGUGUCUAUAUUUUUCCAAUGAGAAUAUGUUUACGGUGCAGAGGGUUGUAAUAAAACUGAAAGGUUUAAGAUCAGAUCAAAUUUCAGUCAAAAAAUUGUCGCUUUUAGAGAGACAGUGGGCAUUUGUUUGCGCCUCUGUGGAGAUACAUGUUGGAACGCUACAGUGAGAAAAUACUUGUGUGUGAUACAUGGGGUUUCUAUAAAUGUCUUUAACACUCUGUAUAUACUGAAACAGAGAAAGGUUUAUUUAUUAAUUUAUUGAACACUAUUUAUGCACAUUACUUUCCUAUGACGAACUGAAACAAAACCAACCCACAGCUGUCCCAAAGAAGAGACCGUUCUGGAGUUUCAGCCAGGCUACGCCGUUUUGUCCUUCAGAGCUUAUGUGUCAGCCUUUUCUACUGGACUCCUUCUCCUUCAUCGCUGAAUAUUAUGCACCCUUUUAGAUGCACCUUUGACUUGAUGCGUAAAACAGUUUCUACUAUUUGAUAUCGGUGUGACAUGACAUCAGAAAUAAUUAUAAAGAAUUUUUGAACACUCAAAACAUUGGCAGGCAAGUAAGGGAAAAUAUAUAUUAUACUUAUUAUAUAUCUUAAACUGUUUUGACAUUUAAGAUCGGUCCAUUCCCUGUUUAGAGUGAAUGGAGUGAGUGAGCCACAAACCUAAGAAGCUGAUUAGCAGGAGUGUGUCCUGGUAAAAUGAAGCUAACAUCUAUGUAACGUUUCAAAGUCAAACCGUAGAUGUAAAUUUGCUUUAGAAGAGGUCAAGUCAUUUUUCUCUUAGCAUGCCUAAUCAUAGAGUUUAUCAAGGAUUU